AUGUCCUCGGAUGCAGAAGCGGACGCCCACGAUCUGCAUCGUGCUCAACGAAUGGAGUUGAUCUUCUCUCCUAUCACUUCUACACCGGAGACUCAACAUGUCAUUAGGACAAUUCUGCGUGGGUAAUAUGAGUCGAUAGUCAAGGAGGCAGAGGAAGGCAGUAAGUCGGUGCAAAAGUAUCUUGUUGCUACGGAUUUGAGUGGGGAGGCCCAGCAUGCCCUGGAGUGGACAAUCGGGACGGUUCUGGGAGCUGGCGAUACUCUGAUGGCCAUAUAUGUCAUCGAUCAGGAUACGGUGGAAGAUGGCGGUAAGAUUGUUCCGGAUGACAAGAUAGCGGGAGCAUUGAAUAGCUAG